AUGCAAGUAGCUAGUCGAACAAGGCGUCGUUAUGUCAGUCCAACGAUGAAAGGUACAUCUCGAAGAACUCCUCCGACGAAUAUCAAGCCUUCCAAUGUUCCAUCUAUUUCUCAAUCUUCACCAAAAAAAAUUGUUGAUAUAUCAACAAAAACAAAUUUCAAUGAAGCUUUAACUUUAAAAAAUUUUGUCGAUCGUUUUCAUCAUGAUGAACUUCAAAUGCAACCAGAACAUGAUACAAUCAUUUCAGAAUUUUCGUGGUUAAAUGACGAAUCAAAAAAUACUUCUUAUUUAGAUGAAAACUUUCCAGAAUCUAUUGAAGUAUUUUCAUCAACUGAUAUUGAUCAAGAUUUAAAUAAACGAGCAUCAUUACUUCUCAAUCAAACAUUGAGUGCUCAUUCCUCUGAUACAGGACAUACAUCAAACACGGAUAUCGAUUCUACUAGAAUAAUAGUUAUGCAUGAACAACCAACUCGACCGGUCAAUACUCGAAUUGUUGAUUCAAAAGUUGAAUAUAAAAUUGAAAAUGGUGAAGAUGAUAUUUUAUAUCAAUGGCGUUUACGUCGUCGAUUAGAACAAGUAACCAAUAAUGAACCAAUUAGUUUUUCAUCGAAAGUAUUUAAUCAACCUAAUAUAUCUCAAUUUCGCUCAGUCAUUCCUUCAAAACCAAUUGAAGUACAAACAAUGACUUCAUCUCCAAUUGUUUUACCAUCAAUAGCAAAUCAUGAAACAAUCAUGACUCAAGUACCUAUUCGACAAUAUUCAGAAACAUCGACUCAAACAAUACAAGAUGCUUGUAUUCAAACAUCUUUAACUCUUUCAACAAUACCAAAUAUUUCUAAUGAAAAUGAUCUUCCGACACAUGAUGAUGAUGAUCAACAUUUAUCUGUUUGUCAUCGUCCACCAAUUCGAUCUAAAUGUGAAAUGACACAAAUAUCAUCAUCACCAUUAUCUAUUAAACGACAUCAUCGUAGUUUUCGUCCAGUUGUUCUUGUUGAACAUCCAACAAUAAUGAAUAAUAGUUUGAAUACAGUUCAAUCUUCACAAGAAAGUACAUUAACACAAGUUACAUCCAUUAUAAUUAAUGAAAAUAAUAAUAAUAAUAAUCAUUAUCAUCAGAUUGAAAAUAAUAAUACAAUUGAAAUAAAUGAACUAAAAGAUGAUGAAGAAUUUGAUGAUGAUAUUUUAAAUAUGUUAAAACAAAAACGUAAUGAAUUAUUAAUUCAAUUUCAAGAUAUUGAACUAUGUUUAGCAAAUAUAAUUUCUUAA